GUACGUUAUCUAUUAAUAUUAAUGUUCGAGAGGGGCGCGUAAGCUUUUGCCUUAUAUUGUAAGCUGGAACCAGGAACAGUUCAUCACAUUUGUGAUUCACAAAUGUGAUGAACUUUGUAUCUAACACUAGCCAUUUGGAUGUCGCUACUUUCACCACCACUGUCUUAGUAUCGUAGCUGUAUAGGGUGAAUGCAAUGUACGAUUAAGGGGCAGUUUUGUUUUCUUUAUCUUUUUCUUGCCAUGUCAUCUAUUGUCGGCAUCCUGUUGAUCCUUCCGAUGUUAUAUCGCCCAGUAUGCGCUUCAAUUUGCACAGGGCAUUGGCCAGUAUGGGGAUUAGGCAAUCAACAUAGUUGAUACCGAAAUGAGCAAGCUUGUUGGCCAAUAUCCCAGCUAACAUCGCCUACUCUUAUUUUUAAUUUAUCGUUACCUCUAUUCCUAUUUUCAAUCUGAUUAUCAUUUUCCAUUGUAUGAAACUAAAAUAAUUUUUGAUCAGUAAGAGAUGAAUCUUUUAUAGGUUCUGAAAUUAUAGGUGUGGGCGACGAUGAGGUUGAAAAUAGGAGUGGAGGCGACAAUGAGGUUGAAAAUAAGGGUGGAGACGACGAUAAGCUUGAAUCCUUGUAGGGCCCUGAAAAUCUUAAUUAUUGCUGAAUCAGUAUGGUGGGUUUACGGAAAAUGUUUGUGAUGAACUAGCUCUUUUGCGAAUAGCCUCAUUUUUACCUGAACGGGGUGCAAUGAGCCAAAAUUGUAGUUGAUUGGCCAAGAACUCACGUUGAUAGAAGAUCUUGAAAUUGGCCAAUGCCCCCGGAACAAACUAAUCUCCGAGGAAAUUCUCUAAGUCUGAUGAGUAUAACUCUCGUGCCAGGCAGCUGUUGAUUUUUGACAUCCACCAUCGCCAGAAGAGGCAUUCUCCGCUCAGCAAUCCUUUACUCUGAGUCAAAAACUAUAAGCGAAGCCAGCCGCUAGCAGUUGCAAAAACUGACUGUCUCUUGGAGAUAUAUCCCCGAAAAAUUGUUUACGUAUCCUUGGUUCCCAUGAAGUACGGCUCUUACUUCUUGUUGCCAUCUCGUUAUAAGUGUGGUGUGCUCUUCUCUGCUCUUUCAAGGCCGCUGGCAUUUGUACAACUCAAAAUUAUGGCCAUCGGUAGUCACAGACUCCUUGCCGCUCUCUGGGCAACCUCUCAUUUCGCCAAUAGCCAUUUUGUUUCUCAUUCAACCUUCCAUCGACAUUCACGAGACACUGAUGCUGCUGCGACAUUCACAGGCUUCUCAAUUUUCUCUAGUGGGUCCUUGUCAAGCUUGAACCUAGCUUCAGCUUGCGAGGAUGCGCUAUACCAAACAGUUUAUUGCGACGACGAUACUUCGUCGCUAUUGACGGAUGGUUACGUUGAUGGCUUUGACAACUCUGCGCAACAGGCCUUGUUCUGCGAUGCAGGUUGUGGAAGUUCGAUUGCAGAAUUGCACGACAGUGUGCUAGGUGCUUGUGGUGAUACAGAGGGUUUGCUUGACGGUCUUCCCUUUGUAGGAAUUUUUGAUGAGUUCUGGAGCAACUGGAAUCAGUCCUGCUUCACUGAUCCUACGACUGGGGAGAACUGCAAUGGUGAGAGAAGACUCCUAUGCUGCGAAAGUGGCGCCAAUCCCUCCCUUGGUUUCAUGUAUCAAAACUUUCUAAUUCUCUCUUGCAGACGUCGUAGUGGCCUUCUCCAAUGUCACAGACUUGUCUGAUAUCCCAAUAUCAGACUUGUGUUCGUAUUGCAACGUUCAUAUGUUGGAACUGAUGCAGGCAGAUGCCUACACAGAUGUUUAUAAUGAUAACUGGGUAACCACAUAUCAAUAUGUCGCUGAUGCAUGCAAUCUGACCGUGGCCGACUUUAACGCAACAGCCAGCGCUUUCAAUGUAACCGGAGUAAUAUCAACGACGACAAACUGUGUGUCUGGGAUCACUUACACAACCGUGGAAGGUGAUACUUGUGAUUCAAUCGCUCUGGCCAAAGGCGUAUCGGCGGCCACCAUGUACUAUAUCAACUCUGAUAUUCACAAUUGCUCUUCCGUCACGGUGGGAGCAACGCUCUGCCUACCUCUAACCUGCAAUAAUCUCUACACGGUCCAAGAAAACGACACCUGCACCAGUAUUGCCGUGAACGCCAGCCUUCUUACGGCAAAUAUAAUCUCCUACAAUUCGUAUAUCAACUGGAACUGCAGAAAUUUGCACUCCACAGAUCCCUAUUGGGGCACAACGCUAUGUGUGUCGACACCAGGAGGAACAUAUACGGGCCAAGCGUCUAACACCACAGCAACAUCGGAUGUGACAGUUUCCGCGCCUGCGGGCUCAACCGUGGCCUUGAACUCCACUACGGACUGCGGCCAGGGGUACGCCAACAAUGGUAGCAGAAAUCUCACGUCUGCCCAGAUCUGUCUGUCAUACGAGAUUGCUUUCAACCUGUUCACCGAAGCCAAUGCGUCGCUGAAUAAAACCACCUGUAAUAAUGACCUGGUUUUAGGAGAUGCCUAUUGUGUCGAUCCAUUGACAGGCUGUGAUUGGACCACGGCUACUUCAAGUAGUAGAAGUUCAACUACCAGUACGGCACCAUCAAUUACAUCGAUUGUCACCGUACCCGGACCAACACAAACUGGCAUUACCAGCGCGUGUAACAAAUAUUAUGUCACUGUCGACGGUAACUCAGACUUGCAAUUUCAUCAUUCGUUCAUUUGCUAAUUCGGGAUAAAAACAGGCGAUACAUGCCCUUCUAUUGAAACAGCAUACGAUAUCACACUUGCUCAAUUCUAGGCUGUAGGUCAGAUCUCCUGGAGCAAUAUUUCCGAAUCGGGUUAAUUCACGAGUUGAGACACUGUUUCGUGGGAGUCUACUUCUUCUUAAACAAUCUCAAUUGCUCUAGAAACACCCUCAUUUCUUCCUAGAACAUUUAGAACAGGCAAGUUAACUCUGGUGGUCUCGUAGGAAUCCAGCGAUUGGAAGUGAUUGCACAAAUCUUUGGCUUGAGGAAGCAUACUGUGUCGGAGUGUAUGGGUCAACGGUAACCACAGUGACCGCUCGUGGACCAACACAAACUGGUAUCAUCAGUUCCUGUACUGAGUACUACGUUACUGUCGCAGGCAAGUCAACACAUCCAAGUCUUCCGCAAUCUGAAUUCUCUUGCUAACGAGAGGAAUGGGAAUACAGGUGAUACUUGCGCUUCAAUUGAAUCAAUAUAUGAUAUUACCUGGGCUGAUUUUUAUGCUUGGAAUCCGGCGCUUGGGAGUGAUUGCACAAACCUUUGGCUCGAGGAAGCAUACUGCGUUUCCUUUUCUUGAUAUUCCGCUAUAGCACGCCGUGAAAAGGUUUUCUGAUAUAACAAUUGUAAUUUUCUAUAAAUCGAUUAGUACUCGAACAUUGAGAGUCUUUCGGAUAUUAGGGGUUAUCUAGAAAUAGAAAGUUAUUGAAAGGUUUAGUCAUUCAAAACCUUUAAAACAUUGCAAACUUCUGCUUAUCUUUACCAUAUAAAUAUACUCAAAAGUAAGACUAUACUUAUUGGUAACUAAAUAUCUGAUAAAUGUGAAUUGAAAUGCCACAUGGAUUGCAUGUUGGAUUGUGAAUUGUCCACCCCAUUUUUCCACUCCAAUUUCCCAACCACCCAACGUCGAUCAUUAUAUCUUUGAUAAGGCACGAGAUAACUGCUUCCAUCUCGAUGUUUGACUUCUUGUCUGAAGUUGCAAUCUCCGCAGGCUCGGAAGCAGCUCGAUACCCUCCCUUUUACCGACAACUAGCGGGGAAGGAUCUUCUGUGAUUGCAACUACGCCUGAACUUACAACUGCCGCUAUUGUGUUGACACCUGAGAAUUUUCAAUUUCACUAUAAUGGGUGAUACAGAACCUGCCACGUUCGGGACCUUGCUUGAACCUGCAAUUACUGUAGGUUUAGAUGCAGUUUUGCCCUUGGGAUAUUUGGCACCAUCAUCUUGCAACUUCAGCUUCUCUGAGUUCUAGUUCUUUGUCUGAAAUUGGGCUUGGCGACUUGUGUCUUCCGGAAAUUGCACUGUUGCUCUAAU